UGUUUUAUAUUUACGUAGGCUUUUUCGAAUUUAUUUUUCUGGAAAUCAAACGCAUGUUGCUGUAGCCUGUAUGAUUUUGGCACGUUCAUGUGUUGGCGGGCUUCUAUCUCGGAAGAAUUCGAACGCGUGGUCGUGGGAUGGGGAACGUGUGCUGCGUUUGACAGGGGGAGACGAAUGGAGCUGUCGCCCGAUGGAGCUCCGAUUAGACUUGGUGGGUCUGCAGAUUAGCACAUCGGGAGGAAUCGUUUAGAAUUGGGGCUCUCAAUUCAAUUUUUCCUCUCUCUCGCGCAGAUUUCCUUUUUCUUUGGGGUUGUUCGUCGUCAUUUUGUUGUGGUCAUCACUGGAGCGAGAAAAUCAAUAGUGACGAUAAUGGAGAUAGUCGAGUCCCAUGUUGAAGGGGAAGAUACCAAUGUUUCCGUACCUCGGGGAGGGCCAAUAUAUGUGUCUGAUUUCAUCAGUCCCCUUACUGGAGUUUCUGACUUCCGGGCUUCUGUAGUUGAACAUCUCCAGAAUUUGAGAGCAGAAGUUUGUUCACACAUGUCUCACGCAUGUGAAGAAGAUAUUUCGGUUGAUGAGCUUAAAAUUUUUUCUGAUGAAGAAUUUGUAAGUGAGGCUUUUAAGCAAGUAUUUGAGGGUGGUACAGAUGCUGAAAAUGUUUUGCCAAUUGCAGUAGAGGUGCCAAAUGAAAGAGGAAUGGAUGAUUGUAGAAAUUUAAGCAAUGCAUGUUUGGAAAACUUGGAAAAAGCAAUUGUACCUUUGGAUGGCUCUUCUUUGGGAUCUGAUAGCAAUGGAAAGCUGAACACUUGCAACUCGAGGAAGACAAAGAAAAGGAGACGAAAAGUCAAUAAGAAUAAUUGUGCUGUUGAAGACAAUUACAUUGCAAAGGUGGAGCAACUUGUGAAAGUGAAACAAAAGCAAGAUGAAGAUAAAGCAGCAGUGAGGCUGCACUCAUUCAAUGGUGGGAGCAAGAUCAAUUCAUCUCCGGAGAAACUUGAGGGGACGAAAUUCCUCAAGUCUACAAGUUCUGAAGUUAAGUUACCCUCUGUCUGGAUCCCCCUUUCCAAUGCAAAGCAGGUGAAGUCAUUGAAUAUCCAGGAACACAUACCUGUAUCUUAUCCUGAAGUUGUUCUCUCUGUUGAGGUUUACCACAAUCGACGAACGUUUGCAAAGAUCCAGGAGUUUCUUGUCUUGGGACGGCAGAACUUGACUGAACUGAGGGACAGCAUCUAUUGUUUAACGGAUGAGAUUAUGCGGAGAGCUGGGCAAUAUGAUCCUUCUGGAUAUUUCCUCAUUGAAAAUGUGUUUUGCAAUGAUUUGAGAGAUCCCACUGCCAUAGACUACAGUGAACCAAUAUUUGAUUGGCUUACAAACUCCAAGGAUGAAGCACUUGCAAAAUGGGGAUGCAUUGUGACUGGUGAAUUGCAAGAGAAGCAAAAGGGAAUAUUAGGUGAACCAAGAGUCUCACAGUUGCCUUCCUUCAAAUCUGUUGACAUGCAGAAGACACGGUUUUGUGACUUGAGAUUUCGACUUGGUGCUGGAUAUCUAUAUUGUCACCAGGGAGACUGCAAACACAUGAUCGUUAUUAGAGACAUGAGGUUGAUUCAUCCAGAGGACGUGAACAACCAGGCAGCUUAUCCAAUAGCAACAUUUCAGCAAAAAUCAAGGUUCCGGAAAUGCUCUGUUUGCAAAAUUUUCAGAGCUAAAAAGGUGACAGUAAAUGAUAAGUGGGCUCGGGAGAACCCCUGUUAUUUUUGUGAAAAUUGCUACUUCCUCCUCCACUACUCGGAAGACGGGUCUCUGCUGUAUAAUGAGUUUUCAGUAUAUGAUUAUUUUCACGACUAAUUGCUCUAAUGUAUUUAUAUAUAUACAUGGGUCUCUGUUGUUAUUUAGGUUGAUUUAUAAAGAAUGUGUGCAGUGUUAGCUGGAA